AUGAUGUCCCGACCUCGCCAACCAGCAAGCCAACAGCUUCAUAACACCACCGAAACAUCCCGCGAUUCCUCUGCGGUCCGACUCACGGGUACUCUUCGGCUGAGGGGCGAAGAUACUCAGAGUACCACUGCCGAACCGUCCCCGGCUCGCCGCAUUCGAUGGAGCGAAGACGUCGUGGACAAUGAAGGCAUGGGCAAGAAAAGCUCGAAAGUCUGCUGUAUCUACCACAAGGCCCGGCCCGUGGGCGAAAGCAGUUCCGAAUCCGAAUCCUCCUCCAGCUCAUCCGACUCAGACAGCGACAGCGAAGUCGACCGCCGGCGACACAGAGCAAACCACUCGCAUCAUCUUCACUCGCGAGGGCGAAGGCCGUCCGGUGAGAACCAAGCCGAUCAGUCGUCCGAUGCGGCUUCCGCCGCGUGCUGUUCCGAUUCCCUGAAGCCAAAACAUAAGAGGAGGAAGCCGAGCCCGAAUGCGUAUGAGAAGAUGCCCAAGCCAUCCAAGAGCCACGCACGAGGCACCUGA